CGCGCACACGUUCGGAGAAGCGAAACCGAAGAGGAAGAAUAAAAGCCGAUCAAUAAGAAUAAACAUUUUGAACGGGUUGCCAAGCGUACAAGGCAAGGCAAAAGAAAACCAGAGUGUACAAAAAUCUUAAGUAGAAGUUCCCAAAUUGUUGUGCUACCAAGAUGAUCACCAAAACUCCCGACUAUAUCAUAUCCGAGCUCGGAAUCUGCAUCACACAGUGGCAACCUUGUGAGGAGAUAUCUUCACCCUGCCAUCAGUACAGAAAUUGCCGCUCGACCAAUUCUUCUACACGCCUCUUGCCGUUGCGCGAAACGCUCAACGAUUACUACAAAAGCCAGUUGGAAGAGCAGAGAGCCCUAAAGAGUAGGGGCUGCAGGGGCAAGAGCAAAGAUGAUGUUGUGGCGCAACAGAAACAGCUGAAGAAUCAAUGGAACGAGCAACAAAAGAAGCAGCAGCAGCAACCACAACGAAGUGGCAGCAACAACAACAACUACAGACUAAUCAACACAAACAAAUGCAAUCAAGUAUGUUGGGGCAACAGCAACAACAACUCAGCAGCAGCAACAACAACAACAUUGGUGACGUGCGAUUUGAAUAGUUUUUGAGAAAAACAAAAACGUUGCCUUCACAACAAUUUCACUUUGGGACUGAUUAAAUGUGCUAAAAAAUAAAUCAUAAAGUUAAGCAACUUUUGCAAAAAAUUUCUAGCUACUAAGAAAAAGUAAAUAAAUAAAUU